CGGUCCUGGCCACGCAGACCCAGCUCGACGCUCCUCGCCUGCUCUCGCAGCGGAGCCGAACCUCGUACGGCCGCUCCAGGAAAGGGCGCGCAGCGCCGGAAGCCGCUAUGGACAGCGGCGGUCCCGCAAGCAGCCACCUGAUCGCCAGCAACGAGCCCGCGCCACCGGUAGCCGCCACCCGAGACUCGAGCCAGGGACGGACCGGACCGGGGCCAGCGGGCCCAGGCGGCGGCGCGCGCUCGGGGGGCGGGAGGCCGGCGGCAGCAAACGCGGCGCGGGAGCGCAGCCGCGUGCAGACUCUGCGGCACGCCUUUCUGGAGCUGCAGCGCACGCUGCCGUCGGUGCCGCCGGACACCAAGCUGUCCAAGCUGGACGUGCUGCUACUGGCCACCACCUACAUCGCGCACCUCACUCGCAGCCUGCAGGACGACGCCGACGCACCGGCGGAUCCCGGACUGGGCGCCCUGCGCGGGGAUGGUUACCUACACCCUGUCAAGAAAUGGCCCAUGCGAUCAAGAUUGUACAUUGGUGCUACUGGUCAGUUUCUGAAGCAUUCUGUCUCUGGAGAAAAAAUAAAUCAUGACAAUAUUCCAACAGACUCACAGCCUUAG